GACACUGACCAUAUAAACAUGCUAGGUAAGUGGUUAAGGAAGGAGUAUCAUAGAACAGCUGAAUGUGCUACAUUUCUUCAGAAGACUCUUUUACUGAAUUUUACCCAUUCUCAUGCCACUAACCAUUCCAAUGAAGUUCAUCCUCUGCCUCUCCUUACUGCUUACUGGUCUUCAAGUCCAUUGUCAUCACAUCCCAGGACAUCAUGAGGAACAGGAGCACAAUGGAGAUGAAAGCCCACCUGAACCUCAGCAACAGCCUCCGGCACAAGAGCACGGAACUGAAUCAAUUGGACAAAAGAUACUCACGAUAAAUAAUGACUUUGCAUUGAGAUUGUACAAACGCAUUGCUUCAGAUCCAGCUUCCCAAAAUAUUUUCAUCUCCCCCCUGAGCAUCUCCACAGCCUUUGUCCUGCUGACCCUGGGUGCUAAAGGUGAAACCCAUCAUCAGAUUUUCAAUGGACUUGGUUUCAACCUGUCAGACCCUGAAGAGAAUGAGAUCCAUGGAGCAUUUAACCGAAUAGUCCAUACUCUUAACCAACCCAAUAACGUAACACAAAUGAAUAUUGGGAAUGCUUUGUUCAUAGAAGAAUCAUUGUCACUGCAGCCUAAAUUUCACAAUGAUGUCAAAACCUUUUAUGAAGCUGAAGGAUUUCUAACAAACUUCAAGAACUCUACAGCAGCAGAAAACAAGAUCAAUGAUUACGUAAAGAACAAAACCAAUGGGAAAAUCACCCAGGCAGUUCAAGAUCUAGAUGCAGAUAUUCUAAUGGUUCUUCUAAACUAUAUCUCCUUCAAAGGUCGCUGGGAAAAACCUUUUGACCAUGAGUUGACCAAGGAAAGAGAUUUCUUUGUUGAUGCAAAUACAACAGUGAAGGUCAACAUGAUGUACCGAAAAGGUUAUUAUGAUUUUCUCCGGGAUGAAGAAUUGUCUUGUUGGGUGGUCAAAGUGCCUUAUGAAGGAGAUUACUCAGCAUGGUUUAUUCUGCCGGAUCAAGGAAAACUGAAGGUUGUGGAAGAUGCUUUGACAACACAGUGUUUAUCCAAAUGGAGCAUGUCUUUCCAAAAGGAUGAAAUUAAAUUGUAUAUUCCAAAAUUUACCAUUUCUGGAUCCUAUGAUGUCAAAGAAUUACUGCAGAAAGAAGGUGUGAAGGAUGUCUUUAACAACAAUGCUGAUCUAUCUGGGAUUACUGGACAUUGCAAUCUGAAGGUUUCCAAAGCUGUUCACAAGGCUGUGCUGGAUGUCCAUGAAGCAGGCACCGAGGCAGCAGCAAUCACUGUUAUAGAGUUUGCAUUUAUGUCUGCCCGAUUCCCUCCUUCUCCCAUCAUUACAUUCGACAGACCAUUCCUAAUGUUCAUUGCUAAUAAGCGCAUAAAGCACUUUAUCUUCCUAGCAAAAGUUAUUAACCCAACAGCAAAAAAACACGUGUCAUUUUCUGCACUGGCUGAAGACAGCAGGGAGGACCAACUUACUGGCCCUGAAGACAGAAGUCUGGAGCUGCACUUUGGAACAGCAAAUAUUUGCCUCAGGUUCCCACUCAUUUGGGGUAAUAACAUUGUCACUUAUUUAGUUCAAGCACACAGGAUUCAGCAAAGUAAAAGACAAGCAGCCCUUGCUGAAAGAAGUUCAUUGCCAGAUUUCAGCAUGAAAGCUGGUAUUUUUCUUGUCAUUAUGGAACUGUGUGCCAAAAUGUGCUCAUCCAGUGCAGAAGCUGAGGUUGCAAGAGAGCACGAACAGCAGAGUAUUUUACCAGUCUCCCGGCCUUUCAAUAACACUGAUAAACAAUAUCGGGAUCAGAAUGUAGCAGAUCCAGCUGUUGAAGAUUCCACACCAGUAUUUUCCAUACACAACUUCACAGAGAGGAACACCAAUUUUGGAUUUGAUCUCUAUCGGAAAAUAUCGCUGGACCAUGACAACAAUAUAUUCAUCUCUCCACUGUCAUUGUCAUUCGUUUUGGCAGUCUUUGCUCAGGCUUCCAGGGGGGAAACACAUGACCAAAUCGUUAACUCUCUAAACCUCCAUCUCUUGGAUGAUCAAGGGAAUCGUCUCCCUGCUUUUUUCAACCAGCUGAGAGGCAACAUCACCAAGAACAAGGAGUUCACUCUUUUACAUGGCACCAUCUCUUUUGUCCAGAAAGGCAUCAGGAUAAAGGAAGUCUUCCAUAACUUGUCAAAGGAAUACUUUGACAUGGAAUUGAUGACGGUUGAUUUCCACAACUCUACUUUGGCUAAAAAUGCCAUCAAUCAGCACAUUAAACUAAAGACCAAAGGGAAAAUUCCCACAUUGUUUGAUACUUUAGAUCAGCAAGCUAAAAUCAUCCUAGUGGAUUACAUUCAUUUUGGAGGCAAAUGGCUAUACCCAUUUUCUGCACAGUUCACAGAACUAGAAUCCUUCUAUGUAGACAAUUACAAUACAGUCCAAGUGCCCAUGAUGUUCAAGACCACAAGAGUUGCCUAUACUUUUGAUAAGAAUUUGCACAGUGUAGUGCUAAAGAUUCCAUACAGAGGGAGCGCCCACAUGCUGAUCGCCAUGCCUCAGGAGGGAGAUGUCCAUGCACUGGAAGACUUUUUAUCAUCUGGACUUGUGAAAUCUUGGCUUAGAAAUAUGAUAACCAGAAAAACUGAUAUUUACUUUCCAAAGUUCAAGCUAGACCAGAAAUACUACAUGCACCAAUUACUUAAAGAUCUGGGAAUUAAAGAUCUUUUCUCAAACCAAGCAGACUUAAGCCUACUCACCGAUCAGACACACAUAAAAGUGUCACAGGUUCUCCAAAGAGCAUGCAUCGAAGUAGAUGAGGCAGGAACUGAAGCUGCAGCUGGCACAGGAUCAGAAAUCACACCUUAUUCGAUGCCUCCUGUCAUCCGGGUGAAUCGGCCAUUCAUUUUUAUGAUCUAUGAAGAGACUACAAACGCCUUGCUGUUUGUGGGUAGAGUCACCAACCCCACAGAGUUGUGA